ACCCAGAAGCGAACAAAGCGACCCGGAAGCGCUGAACCAAUUGGAGGCAGGCAGAAAGAAUACCAAUCUUUUAUAAAAAGCAAGACAAAAUCUGCAAUCGGGACAUCAGGAUGGCUGAGCCUCGGUUCAACAACCCCUACUUCUGGCCUCCGCCUCCCUCCAUGCCUGGCCAGCUGGAUAACCUGGUGCUCAUCAACAAGAUCAAGGAGCAGCUGAUGGCUGAGAAGAUCCGACCCCUGCACCUGCCACCUAACUCAGCCCCCUCCCAGCAAACCCUGCUGCUGGCCUCCUCCCCCUCGGACGGGGGGCAGCAGCAGCACAGCAUGCCCAUGCCCAAGCCCCAGCAGGGGCAGCACCACCCCCAGGGCUCGGUCCAGCAGCCCGACAUCGCCCUGCACGCCCGCCCAGCCUCCAGCUCUGUGCCAGUUAGAUCAGUUAAUUUUAUUACCUUCAAUUUCGAUGAUGCAGACGUGAAUAUGGAUGACAAGUCAGCAGUGAAGGCCAAAGGACUGUGGGAUGAGUGGCACAUGCGACAGAUCGUAGAGCAGCCAUCUAGAGUUAACCAUCGGUCAGUCUUCAUGUGCCCAUACACAGGUCUGGCCCCGUCAUCCCGGCCGGACGGCCACAGCACUUCGGAGGCCCUCACGCCCACCACCCCCACCUCCAGCAGCCAGAACCGACUGGGAGGGGCCCCAUCAGUCAACAUCAUCCCUGGGCUGGCCAGUGGGCCCGGCAUGGAGCAGAUGAAGAGCGGGGGCCUGGCCGGACUCCUCGGCCCUCCACCCAAGACACCCCGCGGGCGGAAGAAGAUCAAAGCGGAGAGUGGAGGGCCUCUUCUGGUGGUGCCCUACCCGAUCAUGGCAUCGGGCGCCGACCAGGGCUGUAUCACCUUCCCUGCCAAAGAGGGCAAAACCUACAGAUGCAAAGUGUGUCCGCUCACCUUCUUGUCCAAGUCGGAGAUGCAGAUCCACUCCAAGUCCCACACGGAGGCCAAGCCCCACAAGUGUCCCCACUGCUCCAAGUCCUUUGCCAACGCAUCCUACCUGGCUCAGCACCUCCGCAUCCACUUGGGCAUCAAGCCCUACCACUGCUCCUACUGCGAGAACUCCUUCCGUCAGCUCUCACACCUGCAGCAGCACACCAGAAUACACACUGGUGACAGACCCUAUAAAUGUGCGGCCCCUGGAUGUGAAAAGGCCUUUACCCAGCUCUCUAACCUCCAGUCUCACCAGAGGCAGCACAACAAGGACAAGCCGUACAAAUGUCCCAACUGCUACCGUGCCUACUCAGAUUCAGCAUCGUUACAGAUCCACCUGUCUACGCACGCCGUCAAAAACGCUAAGGCCUACUGCUGUAGUAUGUGUGGCCGGGCAUACACCUCAGAGACCUACCUUAUGAAGCACAUGUCCAAACAUACGGUGGUUGAACACCUAGUGAGCCACCAGUCCCCCCAGAGGACAGAGUCCCCCAGUAUCCCAAUACGCAUCUCCCUCAUCUGAGCGCUCCACCCACACAGCAUUACUGUAUGUUGUUGUAUUCAUUUUCAAUGUAAGGCUGUAGUUAGGGACCCUGGACAUAAGGCAAUUGACACAAGGCCUACAUAUGCAUCACAUGACACCUGACAUUCAUUUCCAAACCCCUUGUUCUAUUUUGACAGAUUGGGUCGGUUAAAUGAAAACGAGCACAUUCUUUGCAAAGGUUUAUGUCAAUGGAAACAAAUGUCUUGCGUCGAAUAAAACUGAGCACUUACGAAGGCGUUUUGCAAACGGUCUUAUGCAUUGGCCCUUAAAAUAUAUUAUAUAUAUAUAUAUAUAUACACACAGUACGAGUCAAAAAUGUGGACACACCUACUCAU